CUCAACUAACUCUGACCCCUGCCUCUACCUUCGCAUCUCUUUUUUUUUCAGACCCACCCGCAUAUGAUCCGCAACUGCUCAUGGCCAGGGUCACAUAGACCAUUUCUACAAAACCAUUCACUUGAAGGACCGACGACACAUUUAUGGGCCCAUCGGCACCUCGGCUCUCGUGGCCGCCUGGUAAUUACCAGGUAAUUACCGAGACGCCUUAUAGGAACCAGACGCGAUGCGCGGGCAGGUCGAUCGUCAAGAGUCGACGCCGACCCAUCAUAAACCGUGGGCCUAUUGUACAGUCCAGGUACUUUAGGAUCACACGGGAAAAGCCCAUAUUAACAGUUAGGAACAGACUUGAGACACACCCGCCACGAACUUUCCUCCACGACAGGAACAUCAUCCAAAGCCACUCUUGCACCGGGAGUGAACAGUUCAUCCUCAACCGUCGAACACUACAGACGGAACACGACAGUAUUCCUCACUCGAGUUAUUUCAUCUCCUCCACCUUGAACGUUAAGUUAUUCGAGGUACGCGAUAUCGACCGAUCGAUUUGAGGUUGCUACUUAGUCGAUAAUUCGCAACAUAUUGGUCCUUCGAGGCGGAUCCGGUGCUGUUGGAGGAAGCAUCAGUCCGGAGAAAAACAAGUGUUGGACAAAUCACAUUUAAGUGAGUGCCAUUUUCGGGAAGAAACACCUUCGAUGCUAAGUACACCGCUAACAUCCUGCUGCACAGUGACUUGCGUCGACAAACAGCGUGACACACACACAGAAGAGUGUCGAUCUGGCAGCUGCAUGCUGUGCAGUAAACGACACCACACUCUCCUCCGUGCGAACGUAGACAAACCGUGGGAACCAAUGCACACCAAUCUAAAAUGUCUGUCAUCUAGGUUAUGUCCGCAUGUCGUUUUAUCUACGGCAGUUAUAAAUAUAAAGGGUCAAAACGGAAACAUGCAACAGUGCAGAGUCUUGUUGGACUCCGGCUCCCAGGCACAUCUCUUGACCAACGAAGCGUGUAAGCGGCUCGGGCUGCUUACAAAAAGGGUAAACAUACAGUUAUGUGGUGUCGAUCAAAUGCGAUCACAGAUCCACCAGUCAAGAAUCUGUGACUAUCAAACAGAUGUAAUAUUUUUGGUCAUAGAUGAGAUUUCCCAAGCCGUUCCAUCAAAUGAUAUCGAGCGAAGCAGCUUAGAGUUACCAGAACACAUCCCAUUAGCAGAUCCAACGUUCCAUCGAUCAUCAAACAUCGACGGCCUCAUUGGAGCUCAGCUGUUUUGGAAUCUCCUUCGCGAAGGAAUGGUGGUCUUAGCAAACCAGACCCUGCAUUUACGAAACACCGAAUGA